AUUUUCUGGUUAAUUAUUUUUAUUUCUUUUGAUGUCAGUUUUAUGGGUUGUUGUUUUUUUAUCUUUUAAGUUUCAUAGAUAUUUGGAUUAUGAUGUUUUUAGUUAAGUUUUUUAGCUAUUCUUUAGCAUUGAUAUUAUAUUGCAUUAUUGGAGAAUUUUGGAGAACCAGUAAUGGAGAAACAAUUAUUGAAUUGUUUAAAGGGCCAAGUUUAAAUGUCAACACUGAAAGAGUAUGUGAACAAGUUAGUCAAUCAAGAAGUUUUUAUUCUGGAUUUAGAAUUGAUAGACAGUACAUUUAUAAUGGAAAUGAAAAGAACUCCAGUGAGGAUGCUAUUGGUCAUGAAACGCACUUAUAUUUGUGUCAAAAUGGUAAAAUUGGAUUAGAUAUAACUCUUGAGUUAAAGGAUGGAUUUUUUGAUAAUGGUAUACCAUGGAAUAAAGAGAUUUGUGAAAAGGUUAGCGAUAAUUGUUUCAAACUUUCAAGGAAAGAGCAGUACUCCCACAAUACAUUAAAUAUCUAUCCAAAGGACAUGCUAGUGGGAAUGAUUUUCCAGGCAGAGAAUUUUUUUGAAAAGAAAAAAGAUAAAUCUGGGUUGUCUUCAUCAAUUUUUGACUUGCUAAGUGGCUCUAAUAUUUCAAGCUCGAGUGUUUUUUUUGGCUCCAAUGAUAAAUAUUCGAAGAAAUUUGAUGUUCAAGUCAGAGAAGACAAAGACAAAUCUUUAAGAGAGUAUUUUCCAUUGAUGCCAUUACUAGCAGAUAACUUCAAUGAUCAAUGGAUUGAAAUUAGGGACAAUUUCAAAAUGGUUUAUCAUGUUCCUUUGUUUUUCACGCCAGAUUCUUGUCACAAAGAUUAUACAAGCAAUUACCAGGUUAAUGAAUUAAGUAGGGAAAUUUUAAUUGAUGAAAAUUAUCGAAAUCAAGAAGCUUUAAGCAAAGAAUAUAGGAGCUUGGUUGAUUUAGAAAAAGCUAAAAUCCACGAAAAAGUCCAUGAGAAAUUGGCAGAAACACAUGGAAAUAGCUUCAACAGUCUAUUCAACAGCAAUUCAUUUGUUGGAGACAAGUUGAUUUUGUUUUUUGUCAAAUAUCUACAUCAAAUUGGCAUUUUCAAAAACGACAAAGAUGAAUAUGUGCUUGAUAAAGACAUCGAAGCGCGAGUAGAAAACAGCAAUCAAGACAUUCCUCUCAGCUUGAUGGUGAUCUUGUCCCAGUUAUACGAUGAGCAGGAAUUCAACCAGUUGGUGUUAUCUUUUGUAGACAACAUGAACGCCCUCAGGCUCUUUGGCUAGCAGCUUCUCAUAGAAAAAGCAGCUUCUCGUAAAUAAAACACUUAAUAAAUAUCUUGCUCUGAGUCCGAUCCAGUAAUAUUCUCUCGCCCAGAU